UUCAUCAUCAUCAUCAUCUUUAUCAUCAACUUCAACUGUAACUCCAUUUAAAGCCCCAGUGAAUAAAACGGAAAAUGAUUUAAAGUAUGUUUCCUGGCAUUAACAUCCUAACACUAACACGCUUUUAAAUAUCCUUGAAGACUAAUCAAUAAUUGUAACAAAAAGGUAUUGAAGAAAAUGAUGUGUUAACAAAUGGUUAUUAGCAGUUUAGAUUGAGUGGCUGGAGUAUUAGUAUAGUUGUUUUAAACUGGUUACGGUAAAAGUUCUAUAUGGACAUUGUGAAUGUAAAUAUAACGUGAGUAAACAGUGUCUCUGGUGGCCGCCUUCGUACAUGACAGAGCACAUUAGUAUUGAAGGUGAAUCUGGUCUGGUCUGGCCAUAUACGCGGGCAUCGUCAUCCUCGUCAUCAUCGCCAUUAUAUCUGCACUCAGUAUUAAUGAGGAUACUGGAGGCUGGAGGCUGGUGCAGAUGUGAGGCCAAAAGAGAACGGAAGGAAAGAAGAAGGGAAAUAAAUAAAUAAGUUUGUAGAGGUUUAUUACUGCUGCUGGUGCUGGUGCACAAAGACAGCGCGUAUGGGAUGAGUGCACAACAUCAAGGCGUAUCUGGUCGUAACUCGGUCGACAAAUCACCCAAAAAGGAAGCUUGCUCACGUAGGCGAUACUUGUUCGACACUAUGACUUUUAGUAUUUUUAAAUUGAAUGAUAUUAUUUAAACUGUGCGCUGUAUGGUUGUUGUUGUUGUCGUUGAAGGCAAUCGUCUUGUUUAAUUCUGGGGCUUCUUUUCCACUCGAUUGUAUUUUUAUUAUCAUUUAACUUCUGCCGACGAAAGUUAUUUUUUGUCCGCUCAGUCUUAAUAACUCUAUCGGUUUAAAAACAACCGGACGAUUGAUGAUAAUCAAUUGCUAAUUUAAUUCAACUAACAGUUAAUUAACCAGUGUGUCGCUUUAAUAUUCACCAAGUGUUUUUUAUUUUGUAAUAUGUAAUCAAUUUUUUAUAGCUUUUCGUAAUAACGUGACUGUAACGUAAGAUUAUUAUAAUAAGAUAGAGAUCUUAUGUAAAUUAGCUUGAGAAUUUAUGUAAAUUGAUAAGUUUUUUUUAAAUUUUAAUAUUGAGGUGGAAAGUUUUGUAGAAUAGUGUGUGAUUUAUUAAAUAACUGAUAAAUGGCAACAGAUGACACGGUGGAGCUGCUGCCCUGCACGAUAUGCGGGAGGACUUUCAAGCCACAGUCGCUGGAGAAGCACGCGAAAAUUUGCGAGAGAGCGGCGGUUAAAAAACGUAAACCUUUUGACUCAUUUAAGCAGCGGCUUCAAGGUACUGAGCUGGAGGAAUUUUUACCGAAAGUUAUAACCAAGGGGAGGGAUGUACGACCGGAGGAAAAAUUUAGGAGUAGAAAUACGUGGAAGCAGACGCAUGAUGAAUUUUUGAGAACUAUUCGCGCUGCUCGGGGUGAAACUGUCGUGACAACUAGUUCGCAAUACCGACAAGUAACGACAAUAACUCCAGGAGCUCCGACUCGCUCUAACGAAAAAGGAUUAUGUCCGACGUGUAGUCGUCAGUUUGGAAUCAAGGCUUACGAUCGUCAUGUCGCUUGGUGCAAAGAAAGAAUUCUUAGAGUGCCAACAACUCAAGCUACAAAUGUUGCGAAAGAACGUCUCGAUGCGAGGAUGAAGUACCGGGCGCCGUUGCUCAAGAACCGACGGAUGACAAACCGGGAAAAGUAUGCGCCGAGAAUUAAAAAUAAUGUUACUGUCAAUAAUAAUAAUAAUAACAACAACAAUAACAACAACAACAAUAACAACAACAAUAACAUCAAUGCCAUUAAUUUGGGAUUGAAAAUUAAGGACACGCCUAGCGGACCAAAGAGCGCGGAUCCUGUGAACAUCAAACAACCGGCAGUAACUGAAAGAAGAAGCGGGCAAGGAAAAAUUGAUGGUGUCAUUGCACCUGGACCCGUUAAAUCGCGGCCGGCUGACCGAUCAAUAAAGAGCUGUGGUCAAGAUUUUCAUCCAGCGUGGACUAAUUACGUACGCAGACAUCCGGAUUUUAAUCUUGUGCUUACAAGUAGAACAGGAAUAUGCCCAGACUACGAUCCAUAUUUAUUAGCAGAACAGCAACUUAAUGACCUUCUGUCAGACACUUGCAGCGAUAAAUCAUUCACCGACUCGCCGUCCAAUCCUUACAAUAUUAAACUCACAUCAUCACCAUCCGCUUCAUCAUCAUCGCCACUUUAUCCAUUAACUCACUCAUCGGCGUUUGUUAAAUAUCCUAACUCUCUUAAUUUAGACAACUCCGCAACUCCUGAGAAACGAGGAUCAGCAUUGGCACCGCCCUCGGAGUUUGAUGACUUGUCGAUCGGUUUCUCGUCAUCAGACUCCGCGGAAACGAAUUCAUUGUCGCGGGAAUUGUUCGCUGAACUCGAGUCGGCCUGUCGCCGAGAGGAUCAGGUUAAUAAGAAUAAAAACCAUAGUGCGGUUCUGGGUCGACGAGUUAUCAUCGACAAGGCGAGAGCUCUAGGUACCACUGAUGAGUCUCUUGAUGGUAAUUCUAACAAACGAGUUAAUUUGAGCGAAAAAUCGCGGAAAGUUGUUGAGAAAACGACCGUGAAACCUAUAAAGCCGAUGGUAACUCGGUCUAAUUCAGUACGCGCGGCUUCGGCACCGAAAAUUCCAGAGCGAAAAGAGACCGCGAAGGCCAACUCGAGGUCGAGUCCGGGCACGAGGUUUAAUAAUCACAGUAGGAAUAAUAAUUGCAGCAAUCUCAGUGGAAGUAACUUGAGUUUAAGUUCAAUAGUGUCCUCUGAGAUUGAUGUGAAGAGAUCGAACUCGAUGUUUGAUGACCUUGUAAGCUCCUUUGACGAUGACUCAGGUUCGUAUCCUUCCUUGAGAUCCUUUUUAAAGAAUGAUCCUUUGUCCAUGUCCAGUCCUGUCCAGGCGAGUCGUGACCGCACCCGCAAUGGCCAGAUCAGCGACGAAGAUUUAUCAUCACCCGAUUGUUUCAAGAAACAGGAGUGCAAUAAAUUGAGCGCUGACUCUGCUUACAGCAGUUUGAAUCGAAAAUAUUCAAAUGGACGCAAUGAGACAACGGGAAGACUGGAUGAAGAUACAACUUUAGCACGCCGUCGUGAAAAUGGGGGUGAAAUAAUGUCCAAUUUAAAAUCUAAAAUGUCAAAAUUUUGUCAUGAGUGUGGUACUAAAUUUCCUGAAACUGCCAAAUUCUGCUGCGAAUGUGGAAUCCAGAGACUUGCUCUGUGACAAUGAUUUUAUUUAUAGUAAAAAUAUUGUCAACUAAAUUACAAAUCGAAAUUUGUUUUUAUAACGAUAACGCACAUUUUAAUUAUUAUUUUUUUUAUUUGUUGUUAUACAUAUAUACAUUUAUCUUCCGUUGUUAUUAUAUAUUAUUUACCAUUCUGAAUACUUAUCAAUUUAUUAUU